UCACUUUCCUUUCUGAUUUUGUGCUCUCUUCGCAUUGCUCUUUGGUCGUCUUGCUUCCUCUCUUUCGUUUUGCCUUUCCUUUAUUUUGGUUUGAUUCCCCCACCUAAGUUAUUUUUUUUGCCUUGGAGUGAGUUCUUUCUUUCCCCUAAAGAUCCAUCAAACUUUAUUAAAGAAAGUUAGAAGAACAAUAUGGCUUUCUCAUCUAAUUGGUCGCAGCCUACGAAUUCGAAUCAUCAUCAUCAGCACCAGCUUCACGAAAAUGGAAGUAUAGUUGGUGGCCACGGACUACUCUCUCACCAACUUCCACCUCUCCAAGCAAACCCUAACCCUAACCACCACCAUGUCGCUGCCUCUGCUGGCCUUCCGGCAAGGAUGGGUGGAUCGAUGGCGGAGAGAGCGAGGCAGGCCAAAAUACCUCCGCCUGACGGACCCUUAAAGUGUCCUCGAUGUGACUCCAGCAACACUAAGUUCUGUUACUACAACAACUAUAACCUCACUCAGCCUCGUCACUUCUGCAAAGGUUGCCGUCGCUACUGGACAAAAGGCGGCGCUCUGAGGAACGUCCCUGUCGGUGGAGGCUGCCGUAAGAAUAACAAGAAGGGCAAAAAUGGAAAUUCAAAAUCUUCUUCGUCGUCGUCCAAACAGUCUUCCGGGGUCAACGCUCCAAGUCCAAGCUCAGGACAGCUAAGGACAAAUCAUCAGUUCCCGUUUUCACCAACACUUUACAACCUCACUCACCUCGGAGGUAUUGGUUUGAACUUAGCAGCUACUAAUGGCAACAACCAAGCUCACCAGAUCGGUUCGAGUUUGAUGAAUGAUCUAGGGUUUCUUCAUGUCGGAAAUGGACGAAAUACUUCAGGUCAGAUUACUGGAAACAUUCAUGACAACAACAACAACAACGAAAACAACCUAAUGACAUCUGUCGGAUCACUGAGUCACUUCACCCUCUUCGAUCCAACAACGGGGUUAUACCCUUUCCCGAACGAGGGUAAUAUCGGAAACAACGUCGGGAUAUCUUGUUCCUCUACUUCUAUGGUUGAUUCUAGGGCUUACCAGACGCCUCCGGUGAAGAUGGAAGAACAACCAAAUCAGCUGGCUAACUUAUCUAGACCGGCCUCCGGCUUGACGUCUCCGGGGAAUCAAACAAAUCAGUACUUUUGGCCCAGUUCGGAUUUCUCGGGUCCUUCUAAUGAACUCUUAUGAGAUUUUGUCGGAUCACUAGUGUAUGUUACGACGUGGAGAUUGACUUAAACUACUACGGACGGUCAGGACUAAAUGCAUGCAGCCAGUGUGUUGGGGACGAUGAUCGUCGAGAACAAAACUAAAAGGUAUCUUAACUAGCAAUUUGUGGUUUUACAACUUAAAAUCGAUACUUAUAUUCAUAUAAUCCCGUGUGUCAUUAUAAUUUGUUUGUAUUGCGUGAUUUCAUGGUUGAUCUGAUUUUGAAGUUGCUAGCUAUAUCUCGAAUACUUGUGUGUAACAGUCCAAUUUGUAUACUUUUUAAUUUGAAUUUCAUCGAACAUAUAUAUCAUA